AUGUCUUCUAAACUAUCAUUCAUCAGCCUUGUAGCUUCGUUGCUGGCCGGCAUACCCGUCGCCCGAAGCUCCGAAGCCUAUCCCUCACUACCAACAUGGAAAUGCACUACCUCAGGUGGAUGCUUGCAGCAGAACACCUCCGUUGUGCUUGACCAGGACUCGAAGUACACCCAGGGUGCUGCCGGCUCGAGAACGACGGCCGACUACACAGCUAUGGGAGUUUCUACCUCGGGAGACGCCCUGACCAUGUAUCACUACGUUACAACCAACGGCACGUUAAACGCGGCAUCCCCACGCGUUUACCUCCUAGGCGCCGAUUCCAAGUACGUCUUAAUGGACCUCCUUAACCAAGAGCUUUCAGUUGAUGUCGACUACUCGACUCUCCCAUGCGGCGAGAACGGCGCCUUUUAUCUGUCAGAGAUGGCAGCUGACGGAGGGGGUGGUGCUGGCGCAGCGGCAGGUACCGGCUACUGCGACGCACAGUGCCCCCAAGGUGCCUGCUGCAACGAGAUGGAUGUCCUCGAGGCCAACUCUGAGGCGACGGCCAUGACACCCCACCCGUGCGACGGCGACAGUUGUGACAGCGGCGGCUGCGGGUACAACCCCUACGCGAGCGGGCAGCACAGCUUUUGGGGCCCUGGUUUGACGGUCGACACGAGCCAGCCGUUCACGGUUACCACGCAGUUCACAGCCAGCGGAGGGACGUUGACGCAGAUAACACGCUCGUACACACAAAACGGACGACAAAUCGUCGGUGGCGGGACGAUUUCCACUUGUGGCACGGAUUCGUCGAGUACUGGUCUGACAGGAAUAGGCAAUGCCCUUGGGCGCGGGAUGGUUUUGGCUAUGAGUAUCUGGAAUGAUGCCACACAGGAGAUGGCCUGGCUUGACGCCGGUACCAAUGGACCUUGUGCGAGUGGAGCGGGCACCCCGUCUAACAUUGAGUCUCAACACCCUGACACUCACGUCGUCUUCUCCAACAUCCGAUGGGGCGAUAUCGGAUCUACUGCCACGGGUUAG